UAAAAGAUCGAAAUCCUUUCACAAGAUCGAAACCUUCGUCAGACAAUUUAACACUCCCUCAAUUGUAACAAUAAUUAAAAUUCUAAAAAAUGAUGAUGGUUUUGAUCUUGUGUCAGUUGACUUGAUUUAUUGUCACUUUCAUUUCUUAAACUUUUUUAAAUUUUCUUAAGAUUUCCCUUAGUCUUUUUCUUUAAUAAAAAUAUUUCUAUUCUUUAAAUAUAAAUCUUAAAUUCUUGGUAUUUAUCUUUAGUCUUACUUAAACUUUUUCACAUUCCACUCUUUUUAAAAUAAUAAAACAAACUUAAAUAAUCGUAGGACUUUGACCGCAUAUUUUUUAAAGUUUGUGAACAGUACACAAAAACGUUCAAAUCCAUGCAUCAAUUGAUCAAAUUGAUGUCAAAAAAAUGAAGGAAAAGGAAGGAGAAACGGGUCAGCUGCUAUUCUUUUCACUCAAAUUGUUUGAUGAGCAUUCCAUAGCCUUUAAAAAAAUAAUUUUGAUGGUGUUCAAGAUCUUCCCAGCUGGCAUAUCUUAUCCUUCCCCUUUAAAUUUUUUCACCGUUCUCUCAAUCCUAUUUUCUAAUCAUUCUCAAUCCCCUUCCAUCCCCUUUGCUCAAUGUAUCGAUUUAGUUUUAAAAGUUUUUUGGGAUCACCUGGUGAGCCACAGCCGUUUUGGUUGGAGUGGGCGUAUAAAUUACAAGCUUAGAGAGUAUCAUGUUAGAUAA